CGUGACGCAGAGUGCACCCGGAAGUGGUGUCAGAGUGCCACAGUGUGUGAAGGCAGGAUGGCUGUGAGCUCCGUUGGGCGUGCUGCCAUGGUGACGGGCCCCCGGCAAUCACACUAGACAUGGCUUUCUUCAGGGCCGGCCAGCCCCAGCUCAUCCGCAGCUGCCAGAAGGAUGAGCAGUUCCAGGGCUGCCUGCGGGGCCCGGCCCAUGAGGCCUGCCAGGCGUUUGCAGGUAACAAGCUGCCCUCUGCCUAGAUAGGGCGGCCACAGCUCCUGCAGGACUACAACUCCCAUGGUGCUCUGCCCGGGUUAACACCAGCUAAGUGUCCUGGGAGUUGCAGUCCUGAAGCAGCUGGGGGGGGGGACAGACUGGCUGAGCAUAGUGAGCCUUGUACUCCAUAUGCAGAGCCAUGGGCAGUGAUGGCCAGCUUUCAUGGGUUAACAGACACUGUGUUUCCAAGUCCUGGAGGGUUUAGGAUUCUUAAAUCAAUGCAGCUUCUUUUGGUAUCUUUCUUUUGAUUAUUGAAUUAUAUACAUUAUAAAUACUACAAACCAGUGCCUUUAAUGCACUGUCCUAUAAUAUUUUACAUUGAUAAAUGUCUACAAAAACAUGGGUGUUAUGGGCAAAUGCAAAUAUUACAAAUUUUAUAAUGAAAAUAUAAAAUUAUAGCUCAGAUAUCUGUAUAGUUAGCACUGCUAAGUUCUAUGCUUUAAGACUUUAUAGUGGUAAAUAAGGGAACCAGCCGCGGUUACAUGGGCAUCCAGUAACCCUAGCUGUUCCCCUUAGUCAAGCCAUAUUAUUAUUAUUAUUAUUAUUAUUAUUAUUUAUAUAGUGCCAACUAAUUCCGUUGCGCUGUACAAUGGGUGGACUAACAGACACAUAAUUGAGAUCAGACCACUGGACGUACAGGAACAGAGGGGGUUGAGGGCCCUGCUCGAUGAGCUCACAUAGAGGGAGUGGGGUAUGGUGACACAAAGGGUUAAAGUAGGGGAAUUAAAUAGUUUGUUAGAGAAGGGUUUGUGAGUGCUUGGUAGGUCAUUUUUGACAGGUGCAGGAAAGGAGUCAUGGGAUGGGGGAUGAGAAACCUGCUGACAGUUUAAUUGAUACGCUUUAAUGAAGGAGUGAGUUUUCAAAGAUUUUUUUGAAGGAGUGGAGGCUGGGUGAAAGUCUGAUUGAGGAGGGAAGGGAGUUCCACAGAAUAGGUGCAGCCCUGGAGAAGUCUUGAAGGCGAGCGUCAGAGGUGGGGUCCGGGCAGAGGAUAGGCAGAUGUCUUGGGCUUAGCGCAGGGGUCUCGAAGGGACAUACUUGUGUAUGAGGGAGGAUAAGUAUGUUGGAGCAGCAUUAUGUAGGGAUUUGUAAGCAAGCGCCAGAAUUUUGAAUUGAGCCCUAAAUCUAACUGGAAGCCAAUGCAGGGACUGACAGAGCGGGGAGGCGUUGGAGGUGCGACCGGACAGGAAAAUAAGCCUCGCCGCCGCAUUCAUUAUAGAUUGCAGCGGUGCAAACUGGGAACAUGUAAGACCGGUGAGAAGGGAAUUGCAAUAGUCAAGGCGAGAGAGAACAGCAGCAUGAACCAGUACCUUAACUGCGUCCGGCGUUGGAUAUAGGCGGAUGUGAUCUAUGUUCUUGAGUUGGAAGGACAGGAUUUGGCUAUUGAUUGGACAUGAGGAGUAAAAGAGAGGUCAGAAUCAAAAAGAACCCCUACGCAGCGAGCCUGCGAGGUAGAGGUGAUUGGAGCGCUGUUGACUUGGAUGGAGACACACGGGAGUAAUAGCACUUGAGGGAGGAAAAUCUAGAAGUUCUGUUUUGGACAGGUUGAGUUUAAGGAAGUGAGCAGCCAUCCAGUUGGAAAUAGCAGAGAGGCAGUCCGAAACACGAGUCAAGGUGGGCGGAGAGAGAUCAGGGGAGGACAGGUAGAUUUGCGUGUCAUCUGCAUAUAAAUGAUAUUGGAAGCCAAAAGAGCUGAUGGGUUUACCAUGGGAGGCAGUAUAGAUAGAGAACAGUAGGGGGCCAAGGACAGAACCUUGGGGGACGCCGACCGAGAGGGGUUGGGGAGAAGAGGCAGAGCCAGAGAAAGAAACACUGAAAGAGCACUGGGAGAGGUAGGAGGAGCACCAGGAGAGAGCAGUAUCUCGUGGACCAAAGUUACGGAGAAUGAGAAGAAGCUGUUGGUGAUCAACAGUGUCAAAGGCGGCAGAAAGAUCAAGGAGGAUUAGGAUAGAGUAUUAGCCGUGAGAUUUAGCAACAAUAAAUCGUUGGAUACUUUGGUCACAGCAGUUUCGACAGAGUGACCAGCGUGGAAUCCAGACUGAAGGGGGUCAAGCAGAGAGUUGGAUUCGAGAAAGUCUGUCAAUCUGGCGUACACAACUCUCUUGAGGAUCUUGGAGGCAAAUGGCAGUAGCGAGAUGGGGAGUUGGGAUCAAGGUUGGGCAUUUUAAGAAUCAGGGUUACGGUUGCAUGUUUGAAGGGUCAGGGAAAUGUGCCAGAGGAAAGGGAGAGAUUGAAAAUGUUAGCGAGAGGGAGAGAAAGUGCGCAUGAGAUGCGAGGGAAUAGGAUCGAGGGAACAGGUGGUGGGGUGGGAGGACAGGAGCAGAGCAGAAACCUCUUGUGCUGUAGCAGAUGCAAAUGAGCAUAGGAUGGCAGGGGGAGUGGGGUUGGGUGAUGUAUUGUUAGGGGUAGGAGAGAGAUUAGAGAUCUCUUUCCUGAUUGUAGAGAUCUUCUCAGUGAAAUUAGAUGCAAAGUUUGUGGCAGAUAAGGUGGUGGAAGGAGGGGGAGUCACAGGGCAAAGAAGAGCAUCAAAAGUGUGAAACAGAUGUUUGGGUUGAUGGGACAGUGUGCUUAUGAGGGUAUUGAAGUAGUUUACUUUUGCAAAGGAAAGAGCCAUGCUGUAGGAGCGCAGCAUAAAUUUAUAGUGGACAAAGUCAGAUGCAAAGUGAGACUUUCUUCAGCAGUUCUGGAAGUGAGGUUGCAAAGUUAGGGCAGUUGAGAUGGGUAAAAGGCAUGUUUGGAGUUUGGUGGAGAAGUGCUGGAGAUCAAGGGAGUUGAGGUUUCUGCGAGGUUGGAGAGUUGAUGGUGGUGAAAUUAUGGUAUGGGGUAUGCAGAUGGUGGCCAGACAAAGGAAAUGGAACAGUGGAGAGAUCAAAGGUGGUACAGAGAUUGGUGCAGAUGAGGUCAAGAGUGUUUCCUGCAGUAUGAGUUGCUGAGGUAGAAAUCUGUGUGAGUCCAAAGGAGGAGGUUACAGAGAGCAGACGAGAGGCAUCAAGGCAGUUGAGCUUGUUGAUCGGGAUAUUGAAGUCCCCAAGUAUGAGGGAUGGAGUGCUAGAGGAAGGAAAGUGGGGUUUACCAGGAGGAAAAGUGUUCAAUAAAUAGUUUAGGGUGACUGGGGGGGCGGUAGAUGAUGGCAAUUCUUAAAGGAGUGGGCUUAAAAAUGCGUACAGUGUGAACUUCAAAGGAAGUAAAGGAUAGGGCAGGGAGGAUAGGUUGAAAGUUACAUUGAGGGGAGAGAAGGAUGCCUACACCACCUCCUUUACAGUCGAGUCUAGGAGUAUGGGAAAAGUCCACAGCAUCUAGAAUCUAGUCAUUGCUUGGUCUUGUAACCGUGCCAUCAAGGCUAGCAUUACUGUUUGUUCCUUUACAUCAUUUAUAUAUUACCUAGUUCUACACCUAACCUGUAGUAACCUCUUAUCAUCAAAAUUCCUUUUAAGGCUUUUUUGAGAUCUUCAAUUAAUUCCUGAGAUGACAGAGCUUCUAAUGAAUGGCACACUCUACAAUAGAUAUUGGAAAGAUUUAAGUACCAAAUAAUGUUUAAUGGGUAUGAAUAUAUGUAAAAUACGUUUUAAAUAAAUGUGAAUAAUGAGACUUUACUAAGUACACAAAGGCCUCAUGAGAAUUCUUUGCCUGUAUGCAGUUAUCCUUUUUGAAUAGACUUUGCUCUGGUGCAAUGUCCCAUUUUGCAACAUCGGUAUAAAGCACAAGUCUCAAAGUGCUCUCCCACAGCUCUGUCUUUUAAUUGUCCAAUAACCCUUCCUAGGUAAAAGGUAAUAUCAAUAAAACUUCCUUUCCAAAAAUCAAGUUAUAUUAAUAUUGUAGUUUUUUUAUUUAUUUCAGUUGUAGAUGGAUAUUCAUGGAUUGUGCAAUUUUGCGAUUUUCUUAAGUUACAGAUUAAGAAACAACCAUUCAGAAAUUGUGAUCAUCAUAGAAAAUUAUAAUCAGAUAUGUUAUGAGUGGCAGGAUAACUUAAAUUCAAAAAUAAGUUUGCCAAGUUUUAGUGAUACUCAAUGAUCUCUUAGAAUCAGGAGCUGGUCUAGUUUCACAUAUAAGAUAGUAUAGCAUUUGUCUCUUUAAAUUUAAGUUAUCACUUUGGGUUUUGAAUAACUUGAUUCUGCGAGCUGUUCUGAUUCUAAAGUAAUUUGAUAGAUCGGCUCUGCUGUUCUAACGCAACUCUUAUAAUAAGGAAGAUUUGUCUAACCACGAGCCAGUGGAGUAUUGGGAAAGUUAUAUUUCAGUACUAGCUGAAUAGCUACUUGUCAUCUACAUUUUUUUUGUUUGAACAAGGAUGUUGUGUCCAAUUUUACGGUUUGAUUACUGUUUGCAGAAUUUUAUCAGUCCAACAUCUGGAAAACAAAUUAUGGACAUACUUGGCUUGUGCUUUCAUAAAUGUUUACAUUUUAUAAUUAGAUAUGUCUGCCUAGCUUUUGUUAUUAUUUUUUCAUUUUUAUAUCAGGUGCUAAAAAGUGGCUGCAGUGGAGAAAAGAAAUCGAACUGCUGUGUGACGUUGCUUAUUAUACCAUAACAACCUUUUCAGGUAUGUUAACAGAUCAGUGUUAUUCCCUACAGUGUGUUUAAGAUGUAGAGGUUGUGAUUGGGAUACCACGGAAGAAAGUCAACACGUUUAUUUCCUGUUUGAUAGGGUCAAUAACUAACUUGGAAAAUGUUUACAAUUCCAUUAUUUUGCCCUAAAUUUUGAAAUUCGCUUUGAAUUUCUGGCAAUUCUCACUCCAAUGAAUAACCCUAAUAAGAAGACGGCUGUGAACACAUAUCUGGGUUCCCCAUGCCCCUUUUUCAGGUAUCAUUGAAAUGGAAUUUCCUACUUUCACCUUGGUGAUAUAAAUUCUGACCGUCUUUGAUGUUCUCAGCCACAACACUCUGAAGAACGUCUGCCAUUACUCUUUCUGAAGCAGUGUGUCAUAUGGAUCCAGUUUGCUUCACUACUAAACAAUUCCUGACAACUAUCUUUCUCUUAACGGUUCUUCAACAUGUUGGGUAACAAUGAAAGCCAAGGUUGGUAAUAGAUGUCCUCCGUGAAAGGUCAGUCAGAUUUGCUAUCUCUAUAGGAAGUCCAAAUUGAAGAAAGAAGCCUACAAAUUCUUUUGAUCAGGCCAGCUUUCCAUAUAAACAAGUCUUAGACCUGGGGGAGGGGAAAUUACAUUGUCUAAGCGACUUACUGUUUUGGGUUAAGCUAAGAAGUAUGACUAUCGUUUUCAUCAAACCGGAUAUGGCUUGCUUUAGAAUUUUUUUUUUUAAGUGUCAAAUAUUUGAAUAAAGAAAAGGCAAAUAACUCAUGGCCUUUGGUGACUUGGUGGUUAAUUUAAAGGGCUACUUUAACCAACUAUUAUAAUGUUAUAUAAUAUUUUGGCCUGAAUUUUGAAUUCCUGGCAAUUCUCACUCAAAUGAAUAACCCUAAUAAGGAGACUGCUGUGAACACAGCAUUUUCAUAAAACCCUGUUUUUGGAUAGAGUAAGCCUUGCUGGCAUGACACACACCUCUCUCUUCCUCUCUCUUCCUCUCUCUUCCUCUCUCUUCCUCUCUCUUCCUCUCUCUUCCUCUCUCUUCCUCUCUCUUCCUCUCUCUUCCUCUCUCUUCCUCUCUCUUCCUCUCUCUUCCUCUCUCUUCCUCUCUCUUCCUCUCUCUUCCUCUCUCUUCCUCUCUCUUCCUCUCUCUUCCUCUCUCUUCCUCUCUCUUCCUCUCUCUUCCUUCCUCCCCGUAAAUCAAAACUUACUGUUGAACUAUCUCUGAGGCCAAGUUCUCCUUGGCUGUAACUUUGAACAUCAAAUGCUAGAAGUUCCAAAACCAUUUUUCCCCUUGUAUGUUUGAUACUGUGUUUGUUAAUUUACCUUGUAUUAGGCAGGUGACCGAGUUUCUUGCCAUUUUUCAGGUUACCAAACACUUGGUGAAGAAUAUGUUAAUAUCCUCCAAGUUGAUUCUUCAAAGAGGAAGAUUCCAUCCUUGUUUCAGAGAGCACUACUCAUCUGUUGCCAUACAUUAUUUCCUUACCUGUUGGAGAAGGAACUAGUACGCUUUGAACAUGAGCUCCAGAUUGAAAUGGAUGGAGUCCGUGUGUCACACAGUAGCCUUAGUUAUGUAUCCUAUAGGAGCUCCUGGAUUGGGAAGAAGCUUCAUCGAAAGGUUUCUGCUCUAUCAGAGCAGCAGAAAAAGACUUUGAUAAAGGCAGUCUAUGUUUUUCGUCAGAGCAUUGUCUUCCUGAGAAGGUUACACCUUGCCAUAUUCUAUUUGAAGGGCACUUUCUACCACAUUGCCAAACGCAUAGCUGGAAUUCAUUACGUAAGUGAAUCUAUAUUAUACAGUGUUAAGUCUCAGCCUCGUGAGAUGUGAAUAAGAGGCGAUUAAAAAAAGUGAUUUAACUCUUAAAUGGCAUAGAAAUGAGUAGUGAGACUUCAUGGGCAUGAUCUAUACACCAAAACUGUGUUGUUUAGCCAAUCUUGUUUUGGAGCUUAAGCAGGAAUUUUCUUUUUGAUAUUUGGUAUACAAAUGUUAUUACCCAGCUUAAUGGUAUUUAUUUUAUCAAACUUGGAAGGAUCAACGGAUCAGUAGGCCAUCUGUUUCUACUGCAAUGUGUUGAUUUAUUGAGUUUUUUGUUUUUUUUUUUGUUACUGACCUUUUACUUAUAAUUAUUAAAAAUUAAGUUUUAAACAGCAUUUGGUCAGGGCUCCUAGUGUCCUUUUUCUUUGUACUGUUUAUUAUGUAAGGAAGUAUUGGUUGAAACUUCUGAAAAAGUAUAUAGAACAGAUUGAAACUGUACAACAGAUAUUAAAAAAUAUAUAAAAAUAAAACAAAUGCUCAGCUGUCCAUGUAUGUGAUUCCCUACGGUGUAGAUACAUUUACUAGCCAGUCACUAGAGAUCAAAGAAUGUUGAUCAAAUGAUACUGCAAUCCCCCACCUCCAACAAAUACACUGAUAGACUCUUAGAUACACAAGGGCACCAGUGCAUGAACAUAAUAUCAUCAAAUUAUUAUAUUAAGUAGGAUACAUUCGAAUUGGAUCCUGAACCACAUGUGAUUUUAUAACCCACCUCAAUGGUACUCUGUUAAUAAACCUUAUGGGGGGUGGGGGGGAGUGGAAGGGAAGUUUGAGAGGGAGGGAAGGUUGAGAGACUUUACGAUAGCAUUAGGAAUAAAAAUCUGAUAUUCCUAAUGCCAUAGCCUCAAUAUCCCUAGUUAGUUUCAGGACUCUGCGUGUGCACUGCGCAUGUUCGAGUGAUGUCACAAUAUGUCUGGGUAUGAGAGCCGGGAAGUAGUAGUCCCCUCUUUCCUAUCCUGGGGGCUUGAAAGCGAAGCUUGAAGACACACUUCUAAACCUUCUAACUAUUAAAAGAAAAAGUGAUUUGGGGUCACUAAGAAAAGGGGAUGUACUGUAGGCACUAUAGCAACUUCAAUUAGAUGAAAUUGUUAUAGUGUUUAGUGUUCCUUUAAGUAGUGAUUCUCCAUUGGACUCUGACUCCUGGUCCUAUAGAUGACAAACCUUUCCAGUUAUUGGAGUAGCCCAUCCAUACUCUACUUCUUUCUGCAUCUCCUUACCCAGAUGUAUAACAAUAAAGUGAAAACGUUUGUUCUAUAGAGUACAUAUAGAUAUAAGGGUGGCCUAUGGUUAGGUGCUUGUUUCAAGUCAAAGGCAUGCAUUUAUGAGGUUAGUGUGCUAAUCUGUCAAUGGAAAGGUAUGUCAAGCAUUUUAGGUGGAAUAUAAUGGAACAGAUCUGAUGGCGUGGGUAACUGACAAAUUAGAUGUCUGUUUUUAUUGAUCUGUACUUGUUGUUUUGUACAGAUUCGCAUCCGGGGAUCACUUGGAGAUGAGCAGCUUGUGCAAAAGAGUUACAACCUUCUUGGUGCAGUGUCCCUGAUUCAUCUCGCUCUUCUGCUCGGAGUUCAGCUACAUAACUUUCAACGGAAGCAGGAGGCCCAACAAAAGUUGAAACUCCACCGCCGAAUGUCCUACCAAAGGCAAGCCAGAUACAUUCAUGCAGUUAGCCAUAAAUAGGAAUGGGCUCGCAGCCUUCAUAGGAUAUCUAAUAUGCUGUGACAUCAGUGUAGAAUAUUACUUAUUCUAUGUUCCUAUUUGUAUCAUAGUAGGUAUGGAUGUCUAAUGGGUUAAAAAGAACAGAUGGUAAUUUACUAUGCUGUACCAUGAGAACUCUGGAAUGUGGUAAUUAAAGGGUUUUGUCCUUACAUGGCCAGAGUUAUACUCAAAAGGUCUGACGUCAUUAUGGUCAUAGAUAUAUAGAAUAGUUGACAAAGGACCACAAGGUUGUUCCUGUUGUCUGUUCUCUAACUUUGUAGAUGCUAACUCUCCUUCAGGAGUUCAGCAAUUAACAUCUACCGUUGAACAUCAUUGUUUUAUUAUAUAUCAGUAACUUUAAGAAUAAACCUGGAGAAACCGUUAGUCUGAUGCAUAUUAAGGUUUUGCAAUUAACCCAAGAAGAUGUAUACAUAAGACUUAUUUCAAUCACCCUGGAACAUAUAAAUCAACUUAUUACAGUCUGCACAGGUGGUCCUGGUGUACAAGAAGUAUUGUCUUGUGAUACUUUUAAUGGUUGCUUCAAUUGAAUAAGACUGUACCUUGUUGUAGUGGCAAUAAAAGUGAUAAGUCAGUAAAGGCAGUGUUUGUCCCAAAUUUUUGGGUAGCCUUAUUGCAUAUUUCUGCUUUUUUUUUUUUUUUUAACAGUGCGUACUGAUAACCUCAUCAAACAGCUGGGGUACGCUGUGUAUUGAGUAAAAACUACUUCUAUAAAAACUUGUAAAUUGUUUGAAUUUACUUACCCUGAUGUUAACCUAGACUGUUAAUGAGAUUUGUAAUUUUAAUUGCUCUUUUUUUUUCCCCUAAACGCUAUUUCUUUUGAAAAUGUGGUUCUUAUCCUUCACAGGGCACCAGCACAUGAAAAGACAUACCAGCGGCCUUCAAAAUGCACACUAUGUUUAGGGGCGCGCAGGCACAGCACAGCUACACCAUGUGGCCACUUGUUCUGCUGGGAGUGCAUCACUGAGUGGUGUAACACUAAGGUGAGGACAAGAGGCGACCUAUUCGUAUACAUGUUAUGUUUUAAACCCUUUGCCUACAAUCUUAUUUAGGUUUAGUUUUUUUUUGUGGAUUUCACAGAAUUAUGAUUGCACAGUCUUUAAGCUCAUGUCUCUGUAGAGUGGAGAGGGCGGAAGCCAGAUUGAAGGGGGUCAAGGAGAGAGUUGGAAUUGAGGAAAUGAGACACACUGGUAAAGACGAGUCUUUCCAGAAGCUUUGAGGAAAAAGGGAGCAGGGAUAUGGGACGGUAGUUAGAGGGGGUGGACGGGUCAAGGGAUGGUUUUUUUUAGUAUAGGUACUACAGUGGCAUGUUUAAGGUCAGCAGGGACGAUGCCAGAAGAGAGUGAGCAGUUGAAGAUGUGUGUUAGAGAAGGCAUGAGACAAGAGGAGAGAGAUCUGAUAAGGUGAGAUGGGACAGGAUCGAGCGGGCAUGUGGUGGGGCGAGAGGAGCAAAGAAGAGCAGCCACCUCUUGGUCAGUGGCUGGGGAGAAUGUCUGAAGGGUAGGAAAGGCAUGAUCAAUGUGUGGUUGAGAAACAGAAAGGUAAGGAGGGGAGAAUUCUUUCCUUAGCUGUUCAAUUUUGUCAGUGAAGUAACAUGCAAAGUUAUCAGCAGUAAGGUUGGUUCUGAUCACCACCUCUUAUCGUUUGCUCUCACGUACCCCCUCACCCAACAACCUCCGCCUAACCAGCCUCAACUCAGGAGGGACCUUAAUUCUCUCGAUCUCCAACAGUUGUCAGCUGACAUUGAUUCACAACUGCUGUCCAUCCCUUCCCUAUCCUGUCCUUCACUGGCCAUCUCCAUAUAUAACUCUACUCUUACAUCUGCCUUGAACACUGCAGCGCCACUCCAAACAAGCACCUCAAGGAGGACCCGCCCCCAACCGUGGCAUACUAAAUCAACGCACUACCUGCAAAGAUGCUCCCGGUGUGCUGAACGCUCCUGGAGGAAGUCUCGCACCCAGUCAGACUUUCUCCAUUAUAGAUUCAUACUGUGUUCAUACAGUGCAGCCCUUGCCCUUGCCAAACAGUCCUAUUUUUCCUCUCUCAUUAGUUCAUGUUCCCGCAACCCCAGGCGUCUCUUUGACACCUUUAAUUCUCUUCUUCGCCCCGCUGUGGCCACCCCCCAAACCAACCUUACUGCUGAUAACUUUGCAUGUUACUUCACUGACAAAAUUGAACAGCUAAGGAAAGAAUUCUCCCCUCCUUACCUUUUUUGUUUCUCAACCACACAUUGAUCAUGCCUUUCCUACCCUUCAGACAUUCCCCCAGCCACUGACCAAGAGGUGGCUGCUCUUCUUUGCUCCUCUCGCCCCACCACAUGCCCACUUGAUCCUGUCCCAUCUCACCUUAUCAGAUCUCUCUCCUCUUGUCUCAUGCCUUCUCUAACACACAUCUUCAACUGCUCACUCUCUUCUGGCAUCGUCCCUGCUGACCUUAAACAUGUCACUGUAGUACCUAUACUAAAAAAAACCAUCCCUUGACCCGUCCACCCCCUCUAACUACCGUCCCAUAUCCCUGCUCCCUUUUUCCUCAAAGCUUCUGGAAAGACUCGUCUUUACCCGUGUGUCUCAUUUCCGCAAUUCCAACUCUCUCCUUGACCCCCUUCAAUCUGGCUUCCGCCCUCUCCACUCUACAGAGACUGCCCUUAUCAAAAUUACUAACGACCUAAUCGCAGCUAAAUCCAAAGGCCACUACUCCAUACUAAUUCUUCUUGACCUCUCAGCGGCCUUUGACACCGUUGAUCAUGCUCUCCUUCUUCAAACUCUGCAAUCGCUUGGUCUCUGUGACUCUGUCCUCUCGUGGUUUUCCUCUUAUCUCUCCCAACGCUCAUUCAGUGUCUCUUUUUCUAAUGAUACCUCCUCCCCUCGCCCUGUCUCGGUUGGAGUCCCCCAAGGCUCCGUCCUUGGUCCCCUUCUAUUUUCUCUUUACACUGCCUCUCUUGGCAAACUUAUUACCUCAUUUGGUUUCCACUACCACCUGUACGCUGAUGACACCCAGCUAUAUCUCUCCUCCCCGGACCUCUCCCCUGCUGUCCUGCAACGUGUCACUGCUUGCCUUUCUUCCAUCUCUGACUGGAUGUCCUCCCGCUUUCUGAAACUCAAUCUCUCAAAAACUGAGCUCCUUGUCUUUCCUCCUCCUAAUACUGAUCCUCCUCUUUCGCUCUCCCUUCAAGUAUGUGGUACCAACAUCAGCCCAUCCUUGCAAGCGCGCUGUCUUGGCGUCAUACUUGACUCUGGUCUCACCUUUGAGCCUCACAUCCAGCAUGUUGCCAAAUCCUGUAGAUUCCAUCUUAAAAACAUAGCCCGCAUCCGCCCCUUUCUUGCACCAGAUACUACCAAGGAGCUUGUCCAUGCUCUAAUAAUUUCACGCAUGGAUUAUUGUAACCCUCUCCUGCUUGGUCUUCCCAAAAGCCGUACUGCACCCCUACAGUCUGUAAUGAAUGCUGCUGCUAGACUGAUUUUCCUCUCUAGUCGGUUCUCUCACACCUCACCCCUCUGCCAGUCCUUACAUUGGCUUCCUGUGUGCUAUAGGAGUCAAUUCAAGGCACUAACUCACACCUAUAAAGCACUGAACAACUCUAGCCCCUCUUAUAUCUCCUCACAGAUCCACAGGUAUGUCCCUUCUCGGUCUCUCCGCUCUGCCCGUGACCACCUCCUGUCCGUUGUCCGCACCCGUACGGCCAACUCGCGCUUGCAGGACUUCUCGCGGGCGGCUCCCUUCCUAUGGAAUAGCCUGCCUACCGCCAUCCGACUCUCCCCUAGUCUUGCAUCUUUUAAGAAGUGCCUUAAAACCCAUCUCUUUAGGAAAGCUUAUGGCCUCCAAGACUAACCCCUACCUCACAUACCCGUCUCUUGCCCUCUCCUAAAGGGCAGCCCACCUUAUUUGAUUGUACAUUCCUGUCCUAAUGUGUCUUACACCCCACCUCCUAUAGAAUGUAAGCUCGAUUGAGCAGGGUCCUCUUCAACCUAUUGUUCCUGUAUGUUUAUUUGUAAUUGUCCUAUUUAUAGUUAAAUCCCCUUUCAUAAUAUUGUCAAGCGCUACGGAAUCUGUUGGCGCUAUAUAAAUGGCAAUAAUAAAUAAAUGUCAUGCCCACGUGCUUUGCCAUUCCCUCCAGAGAUACAUUUUACAGCAUGUAUCUAUAUAACAUGUUGAUAUAUAUAUCCUGUAUUAUUGAGUAAAGAUUUGACUCAUAAAAACACACUAUGGUUUCAGAAGAACUGGAGAUGGGUGCUUUUCUUCCCUUUGAGGGUAGAAACAGAGUUAGAUUUUAAAAGGGUACUCUUGGUAAAUAUAAAUUUAUUUUUUUUUUUUUAUUUUUUUUUUAUUUUUUAUGCCUGUGCACAUUUAUCCAAUGUAUCCAUUUUUGUUUGCACUUUAUAAUUCUGUUUAGCAGCUCCUUUGCUUGUAUUCUUUUUAGGAAGUGGGUUGAUGACCAGUUAGAAUGAAAAGUGAUUCUCAGAGAGAAUAAUUUGUUCACUGCUAUCAGUUCUAUGAGCAUGGAGCACAUGAUGUUACUGUCAACAUUCUCAGCACUUUCAACAUGUCCUCCUUGCUUCAACAAAACCCCCUCCUAAAACUGUAAAUUGCUGCCAGUCGUGACAAUUUUUUUUUUUUAAGAAAUCCCACAUUCAAAUCAGUUUCAAGAGCCGGUCAAUGUAUAAGAUACACAGAUGCGCUACCACUGUCCUACCAAUGAUAGGGACCCAAAAGAUUGCCCCAAGGGAAAAAAAGAUCUUGCUUUGUGGUUACUGAACCUUGGAUUAUAAACACUCAUAAUCUGGAUCAACAUUAGGAUAAGCACUUUAGUUAGUACCAAUCCCAUUUUUCGUUUAUAAUUUGGAGAAGGAUCUAUUUUAUCUAAAGAGCUCCCCAUCCCUUACAGUACAGUCCCCAACACAUAUUGUAUGUGUAAGAAUACUGUGCAAUUUCAGUUUAGCCUCCCAGUACAGGACUAUUAUCAUAACUACUUCACAAUCAUAUGACAUGCUGUUUACACUGAAAGGGAUGAGAAAUUCAUUGUGAUUAUGGAUCUACCCUUUUAAGAGUAUAUGAGACCUGUCCAGGGAACCAAAAGGAAGCCUGCACAGUGAUCUCAGAACAAAGCCAAGACAGCCAGAAAAUCAAAGGCUGCCAGCAAGAGGGAACAGUCGUGUUCUAUUAUACUGUGCGUCUCCCUGGGCUGUCCUCUUCCUCUGUUCUGCACACUGGUUGGCUUUCAGUAGUUCAGAUCAGUCCACCAUUUGUACUGUGAAGUGGGAGCCAAUCGGCAACAAAUUCUAUAAGGGGGUGUGGCUUAAAGGCCAGUUAAAGCUGAAGAAAUCUUUAAAACUUUAUUUUUCUCUCUAGGCAAAACCUAAAUAAAUUGACAAUGCAAAUAAAUACAGUAUGUUAGGCCAAAUGUUAUUACCGUAAAUACCAAAUCUCUGCACAUCCUGGCCUGUUUUUGAUGUAUUCCUCUUUGAGACUUUUUGCGUCACAGCGGAUGUCUGCAAACCACACCUUGUCAAAUCUCUUUUCAGCGACCCAAACAUUAUUUUCUCGUCUUUAUAUACUGGACUGGUCAUUGCACCACUCAUGCAUUUUAAGACCCUCUCUUCUUUUGUCUACAGGCUGAAUGUCCAUUAUGCAGAGAGAAGUUUCAUCCGCAAAAACUUGUCUACUUGCGCCAUUAUCGAUGAUCUUCUGGAAUGUGCCACAAGUUCAAGGGCUUCAAGAACUGUCUUCCAAUGCAGUUUUGUUUCUCAGACUUUAGGAGAAUGUGUGUCUUGUAUUCAGUGUGUUCUGAAAAAUUACCUUUGGCCAAAUUAUGAGUUUGUUUACAAAACGUUUGCUGCAAGAUAUUAUUGCCAUAAAGUCUUGCAAUACUGGAGUAUUUCAGUAAUAGAUACAUAUCUAUUCAUUCUGGCUGUGAAGGUUUUUGCAUCGUUCAUGGCUAUACCAGUAUCACGUGACUCUCCAAAUCAAUGAGACACUGGAUUGUAGUGAUUGGUUAGAGUGAUACUGGUUUGCACCUGAGGGCACAGUUUGCAAGUCAAUCACAGUGGGUAGUGUUCUUAGUGUGUUUUUUGCUCCAUGGUUUUUUUUGUUUGUCUUCUCCUUUGCAGUCUCCAAACUUUUAACUGAAGCUCCAUAGUCAUUUCAGUGGUUUGAUACAUUUCAGUGUAGCAACAGAUUCACAAUUAUUCAGAACCUUUAAGCAGGCACUCUUGUCUCCUUGACCAGUUGUGUUUUUGUAGAUGUGCAUAGAGUCUUUGUGUGCUGUCCCUCCAGUUCGUGUUAAACUGUCUUCAAGUGGUUUAGUACAGAUCAGGUGCCUGAAGCCUGGCCCCCCUGCAGCUUGAGUAAUGCGGAAAUGAGCUUCUGCGUUAGCAGUCCAACUUUGGAUUGUAAUGGUAGGCUUAGAGCUGUUUAGCACAGCACUCUCAGACUAUAUUUGCUGUUCAAUAAUAGAGAAAAGGUCCAGGCACUCCAAUAGCUUCAGGCACAAUAAUUAGAACAAAUCUAAUACAGCAAUGUUUCGACCCAAAUUUGGGUCUUUGUCAAGCUACUUCACACCCAACAAUACUGAAAUUUUUAUAGGCAGAAAAUAGCGAAAGAUAUGAUCAAUAAAUUAGUUCAAUGAGAAAAAUAAAAAUAAUUUGCUAAUCCUCUUUGGCACCCACCUUCCUAUCCUAUUUUCUGACUAUAAAACGUCGGUAUUGUUGGGUGUGAAGUAGCUUGACAAAGACCCAAUUUUGGGUUGAAACAUUGCUGUGUUCGUUUUGUUCUAAUAAACGUGCCUGAAGCUAUUGGAGUACCUGGGUCUUUUUCUCUAAUAUUAAAAUUUCCGUUUGGGGGGAUUGUGCUGACCCAUGGUCUGGUUUUACACCCGUAGCCUAUGUGAAUUGAGUGCGGUUCCUAUUUGGUAUAUUUGCUGUCCAGUUGUAAGAAAGCUACUGUGGAAGUUCACUUUUAUUUACAUGAAUGAUUUGUCUACAUAGGAUUUGAGUAAGUGGUGACAAUAAUGAGUUACGGUCCAAAUAGCAGUAAUUUAACGUGUUGACAGAAUUAUAUUGAACUAUAAAUUAAUACUACACGUAAACACAGUCACAGCGCGUUUGGUGUUUUUUUUGGUUUUUUUUUAAAACAUCUUGUUUGUCUCUUUUUGUUUAUUCAGCUAAUAGCCAUAUCGUUUAUAUUUGAAGCUGAAUUGAAAUUACUGCACUAAAAAACAUGCAAUAACAAGGAAUUACUGAUGUUCUACAUGAAUGGGCAUAUUUUCUUUUUUUUUUUUAAAUGUUCUAUUUUUGAGAUUUCCUUUGCAGUUUUGUAGCUGUAUACACUCUUCGAUGAUAUCCCUGCAUUCCUAAAGCAGAUUUGUCAUGUAUAUUUUUUCCACAAUACAGUGAUUCUAACAUUCAUUGUGUGUAAUUUGAGCAUCAGACAACUGGAGUUAUAUAACAAAGGUACCAGCCAAUAGUUUUCCAGAAAGAGAGGCCCAUAUGAAUUAAUAGUACCUGUUUACAUAACUUUUAUAGUGGCACAUAUUAUAUAGAAUAAUACAUCAAGACUAUAACAAGAUUUUUAUUGUGCAACAAAAUACAUGACAGAUCUGUUCUAAAAUAGUAGCCUCUCAGGGGUGUGGAAAUCUUAAAAUCUACAGGACUGUCUACAUGUCAUGACAGACCAUAUUAUAUGGGGGCCCUUGCCUAGAGUCCUAGACAUAGACCAGGUUAUUGUCUAAAAUCUAAAUUAAAUCUAUAAAAAAAUUGAGAAGGACAAACAUUGAUCUGGAAAAAACAUUUUACCUCUGUUUUUUGUAAAAAAUAAAUUGAUUUAAUGGAAUGCUUUGCACACCAUAACAACUUAAUGUUAAUUAAGGUUUUAUGGUGCACGGAUAUUCUGGGCACAGUAUUACCUUAAAGGCAACCCCUAUUACAGCUUACCGCUGUCAUCACAACCUGGGAAAUAAACCACGCAUACAUGGUUUAACCCCCUAAAGGACAACAGUCACCCCAAACUUUUUUUAAAAUAUAAUGAUCCUUUCAUAAAGUUUUGAAAGUAAAUCGAUUCUAGGUUAAAUUAAGUAUAUGUAAAACAAUAAAAAUGAGAAACUCAUCCUUACUAUUAGAAUAUGAUGUGAUCCAUCAGCCAUAUACAUACAUACGUCUUCGGUCAGACGGUGUUUGAAAAGCUCCUUAUAGUUACUAUGGUCUUCCCUACUUCAUUCCUUGUGCAAUGACAACAUCAGACCCAAUAAUGAUCACAUUCAUUAUUUUAUUUUUUUCGUAUACUUCUUUUAGCAAAGAAUAAAUUUCCUUUCAAAACUUGAUCAAAUGGUCAUUAUAUUAAAAUAUAAUGACAGUUAUAUUUUAAGGUAAUACAGUGACUAUAGUGUUCCUUUAGUUUGUGAAAACUAGCUUUUUACUGAAUAACCCUAAGUGUCUCACUCUUAGUCUCUCUUCCUCUGCUGUCCUGUAGUGGCUUGUGUAAAGUGUGUUCUGUUUUGCCCCCACCCCCAUGCCCAGCAGAAAUUUCUGCAGAAAGGGGGUGGGCGGGGGGGGAGGGAGACAAAGCACACGUCCACACCCACAAUGUGUGCUAUGGUCCUGGUGGUCAAGUGUGAGUGCAUAUGGCCUGUGCCUAUGCCUGGUGCAGACCACUAUAAUUGCUCCUUCCGUGAUUCAGAGUGCAGCUGUCUAGACUCCCAGUCUGAUCUCUGACUCAUUACUAAUCGCCAGACUGCAAGGAAGCAAUUACUGUGGUCUGCAUAGGCUGGAGGUGCAGACCAUAUGCUCUUUGCUAUGGCCAAAUCCUCCAUAGGCUCCACUUGCUUGUGGCAGGGCUAAAAGCUAAAGAAAAUAAAUCUGCCGGUGUCCUGAGCAUCAGGCAAUAGAUGAAGCAGAGUUGAAUUUCUGUCUGGAAAACCCAUAGCUUUGCAAUGUUUCUCAAUGAAGCAUAUUGCAUUCCAGGAAACUGAAAACAUUGCUGCAUGAUCGCAUCUAUAGUUCCAUUUAUUUAACAAUAAAGAUAUCAGCUUGUGCAGCAUUUACAUUUGACAUGUUCUGCUGUCAAGUGCUAAACUACAGCCCCCAUCAAUCUCUGCUUCAUGCUCUCUGAAAGGGAAUAGAAUUAGCUGAGAGGCAUCAGCUACCUUCUAAUCUGGCUGUAGGAGGUCGCUGUAGGCAGCUGCAAUAUUCUUUAUUAUACCUUUAACUAGCGCUUUAACUACAUCUGUAAUGAUGAAAUAGAAAAGUUAGUGUAUGGAUGGUGGGCAGAAUAAACUGACCCUAAGGAGUGGAAACAAAUGGAUAGAAAAGGGAUAAAAAUAGACAGGCAGGGGAUCUCUACUAGUAAAAGAGAGACCCCAUAAAAGCUAAAAGAAAUAAAUGAAUAAUAGUAGGUAACAAAAGCCUACACGUACUAGGAGAUCUUACCGGAUAAUACAAAUUAAAAAACUCUAAAAUAUAAUAUCGAAACCACUUGUAAAUGCAUGAAUUACUAAAAUAGUAAAAUGUAUAAAAACCUGGUUGUAAUAUACAUAAAU